UUUAAAUCUCCAAAAACCCUCGCAUAUUCUCUUCGUAGAAGUCUCUAGAACCCACCUUUUGUUCCCCUUAAUCCUCGUUUCUCCAAACUACCUGAGUGUCAUCCCUCCGCUGAUCUGAGCGCAGACCUCCAUUUCUUCCUUCUUUCGAGUCCUUUUGAUCCUUCCCUCUGUUCUCUGUUUUUAAUUGAUCCCUCAUGGAUGAGGAUUUUGAUAUCCCUGCGGCGGCUGACAUGAAUGACGACUUGGAUUUUCCUGAUGAAACCGUUGCUCUCAAGGUUGGGGAGGAGAAAGAAAUUGGAAAUCAGGGGUUGAAGAAGAAGCUUUUGAAGGAAGGUGAAGGAUGGGUCACUCCUGAAAAUGGCGAUGAGGUUGAAGUUCACUAUACUGGGACUUUGCUUGAUGGGACUCAGUUUGAUUCGAGCCGCGAUCGUGGAACUCCGUUCAAGUUCACUCUUGGCCAAGGACAAGUGAUUAAAGGAUGGGAUCUGGGUAUCAAAACAAUGAAAAAGAGUGAAAAAGCUCUUUUUACCAUUCCUCCUGACUUGGCAUACGGUGAAUCUGGAUCCCCACCAACCAUUCCUCCUAGUGCUACAUUGCAGUUUGAUGUUGAGCUACUAUCUUGGACAAGCGUCAAGGACAUAUGCAAGGAUGGAGGAAUAUUCAAGAAGAUCCUAACUGAAGGACAGAAAUGGGAAAAUCCAAAAGACCUUGAUGAAGUGCUAGUUAAUUUUGAAGCUAAGCUGGAAGAUGGAACACUUGUUGCAAAAGCAGAUGGAGUGGAAUUCACCGUUCGUGAUGGUUACUUUUGCCCUGCUCUUGCAAAGGCUGUAAAAACCAUGAAGCUAGGUGAAAAGGCACUCCUCACGGUGAAACCACAAUAUGGGUUUGGGGAGAAGGGUAAACCAGCCUCUAGCAAUGAAGGUGCAGUUCCACCAAAUGCAUCUCUCGAUAUUACACUAGAGUUGGUAUCUUGGAAGACUGUUUCAGAAGUUACCCCUGACAAGAAGGUUAUCAAGAAAAUUCUGAAAGAAGGAGAAGGGUAUGAGAAGCCAAACGAUGGCACUGUCGUCAAAGUGAAAUUGGUUGGGAAGUUGGGAGAUGGAAAGAUAUUUUUGAAGAAGGGAUAUGGUGAUGGUGAAGAGCCAUUUGAGUUUAAAACAGAUGAAGAACAAGUGAUUGAUGGCCUCGAUAAAGCUGUGGCAACAAUGAAGAAAGGUGAGACAGCCCUGCUGACUAUAGCACCUGAGUAUGCUUUUGGUUCAUCUGAGUCAAAACAGGAGUUAGCUGUAGUUCCUCCAAACUCGACUGUGUAUUACGAAGUUGAACUAGUGGCUUUUGACAAGGAGAAGGAAUCAUGGGAUAUGAAUACCCAGGAAAAGAUUGAAGCUGCUGGUAAAAAGAAGGAAGAAGGAAAUGUGUUGUUUAAGGCUGGAAAAUUUGCCAGAGCCUCCAAGAGAUAUGAGAAGGCUGUGAAGUUCAUUGAACACGAUUCUUCCUUUAGCGAAGAAGAGAAAAAACAGGCUAAAGCAUUGAAGGUUGCAUGCAAUUUGAACGAUGCAGCUUGUAAAUUGAAGCUAAAGCUGUACAAGGAGGCAGAGAAAUUGUGCACCAAGGUACUGGAACUCGAAAGUUCAAAUGUUAAAGCUCUUUAUAGAAGGGCUCAAGCAUAUAUCCAACUAGCUGAUUUGGAUUUGGCAGAAGUUGACAUCAAGAAAGCUCUCGAAAUCGAUCCAAAUAACAGGGAUGUGAAAUUGGAGUACAAAACUCUAAAGGAGAAGGUGAAGGAAUACAACAAGAAGGAUGCCAAGUUUUACGGCAACAUGUUUGCCAAAAUGAAUAAGUGAGAAGAAUCAGUCUAUAAUCCCCAGGAGUAAGCAGAAACGUUAGGCCUGGGAGUUUGAUUUUCAGUUUGGUGGUUCGAGGGAACUGGAGUGGUUUUCUUUGUAUCUCACUCACUAGUUUAUAACUUGAGGUUUUGAGUUCUGAACUUAAAUCAGUGGAUGGUUCCUUCUGGUUUCAAAGUGAGAUUAUAACCAUUUGAUUAUAUAAUUAAGUUGCCCAACUCA